AUGAAGCUCUUCAACCUCCUCGUCCUCGCUCCCCUUGCCCUGGCAGCUCCUCUCACAAAGCGCCAGUCCGCCCAGGCUACCAACCAAGGAAUUACCAACAUUGAUACUGCCGUCCGCGAGCUCAUCACUCAGCUAAAUGCCUACCAAGGAGGCAUCCUCGAAUCACAGCCCGUCAUCGACGCUUCCGUCAACAUCCACAAGGUCAACCGCGACGCCAAAGCCGCUGCCGAUGCGAGUCCGAGGUUCAACCAACAGGAUUCUCAAGUCAUUGUGAAGAAUGUGAUGGACAGUGUUGGAGUGUCGAUUCCGCAGGCGGUGGAGAUUAUUAAGGCGAAGAAGCCAUUGUUCGAUGAGGCACAGGUCUCGAGCCUGGUCAAGGCUACGAUCGAUCUGUUGCAGUAUGAUCACAGGACUUUCUCGGCCUCAGUGGGAGCCAAGCUCACGCUGACGACUCUGCCGGGCGGUCUGGCCGGCGCUGAAGAUCAAUGGCAAUGUGACCGAUUUGAGAGACUCUUAGAAGACUCCGGCCAUCAAGUGAACCGAAGCACGGCUACUUGCCUCGAGCGCGACUACUUCCCUCGAGCGCGACUACUUCCCUCGAGCGCGACUACUUCCCUCGAGCGCGACUACUUCCCUCGAGCGCGGUUACUUCCCGUGAGUGCGAAUGUCUCCGUCGAGUACGACUGUUGUCUCUUGCUCGACGGCGACAGCGGAAAGCUCAACAACAAGCUCAACAACAAACGCAGCAGAACUUCACUUUUCCUUCCACUAACAACAACACGCACAGCGCACAUCACCAUCAUGAGCAAGCCAGCCAUUGACACUCAGGAGGCCGUCCCACCACCGCGAAAGCGCUAUCCGUGGUCUCGACCAUCACCACCACCGACUUCUCUUUCGCCGCCGCCGCCACCCCCUCCGCCGCCUCCUCCACGGAAGCGCUAUCCGUGGUCUCGACCAUCACCACCACCGCGGAAGCGCUAUCCUUGGUCUCGGCCAACACCACCGCCACCUCCUCCGCCCACGCCGCCUCAGCAGCAACUUGUCCAUGUGCCCACCGAGUCACGCAUCCUUCGCUAUCCUCCACCAACCGGACCGCGGGUUCCGGACUACUACCAGCCAGAGAGGAACCAGGCGGUGUUGGGCUACCACUAUUACAAGGAACAUAUCGACAAGUGCCCUCCACCGCGCCACAACCCCUACCCUCGGCCAGAGCACGUCGGCCCACAUGGCCGCAGAGAUCAAGAAGACGCACUCGAGUGGGCCCGGCGGAGUUAUCCCCGCGGCGAACCUCUCUACUUGCUGCCUAACCCACCAAUCCGCCGGUCUCCAAGCUCUUCGUACGAAUCGGAGAUGCCGCCGCAGGAGUCCAUUGUGGAUUUGAGCCGAGUUUGGGAUACCACCAGUGGCGAGUGGCUCUAUCGGGAUGUCAACUACCAUUCCACUCCCCAAGAUCCCGUGCCCGCAGAGAAUGAGCAAGCGGCGGAAGGAAUUAUGUUGAUCGAGCAGCUCGCGCCCGCAGAGAAUGAGCAAGCGGCCGAAGGAAUUGGGUUGGUCGAGCAGCUCGCGCCUGCAGAGAAUGAGCAAGCGGCCGAAGGAAUCGCGCCGAUCGAGCGGACCAUCUCCAUUCGACUCAUCUGGAUCUGGAUCGCCAUUAUUCUCUGCAUCGGAAUGCCGAUCUUUGCCUGGUUUCGCGGGACUGGCUCUGGAUGA